CUUUAUGCAACCAUCAGUCAGAUCAUGGUAUUCUAGUACAAAGAUUCGAACUAAAAUGUUGUUCCAGCUGUUGCUGCUGCUAUCAUUUUCCAUUUGGCGACUGCAGUCUACGACUGCGGAAGUGCUAUCUUCACCACCCCCACCGUUGAUGUGCAAAAAUAACGUCAAAUCGCCAAUCUGCACCCUUCAGGACGUACUUUUCGUAGACUUCCAUGUGCCGCGGUUACCGAGUUUGGCCGGAAAGCACACGCUGCAAAUUCGCAGCGGAAACAUCACCCGAUUUUCGAACGAUUUUUCUACUGCUCUUGGUGACGAUGUUAGAAAAGUGCUGCUGGGACAUCUCGAGAUCCGUUCGCUCUGGUUGAAACCUACCCUGCGGUACCUGAGCGCGGAAGGUAAUCUCAUUCAUCAUGUCGUCGUGGACGAGCUGCCGGACGCGGAAACCGGAGCCCAGUAUCAGCUGGAACAUCUGAAUUUGAUGAACAAUCGUCUGAGUAACAUCCGAAUGCUUAGUAAUCUUAGCCAAUUGGUCGAGUUGAAUUUGGAUGGGAAUUUAAUUGAUUUCGUUGAAAUGGCCACUUUUAGUUCGAUGAAGAACCUUAAAAAGCUGUCCUUAGCACGGAACAGAAUUAGUAAAAUUUCUUCCUCAAGCACAAUUGAACUACCGGCACUGGAAUCGCUUUCACUUGUGUCAAACAAUCUAACAACCCUCGCCGUCAAGGACUGGGAAAUGCCUCAGCUGAUUGAUCUUGCUCUCAGUCAGAAUCAGCUGACCAAUUUGGACGUGGAAAAUUUUGGCCAUUUUGUUAGUUUGGAAAAACUAGCCCUGGCAGGGAAUUCGUGGUACUGUUUUUGGUUGAACAAAGCACUGAAAAGGAUCCAGGAAAAAUUCAUCACACUAGCGGACAAGGAUGCCAAUUGCCCGGCUAUGCCAGUGGAGGAUAUUUGCUGUAGCAUCACGGUUUUCACCGACGACCAGCCGAGCUAUGCCGAUCUAGUUGCCAGGAUAGAAUCAUUCGCGGAGUCACAUAAUCGGAUCCGUGACGAAGUGACGAGUAGGAUGGAUCGGAUCAUCGGAGACAGCGAAAGUCAGCUGGAUGCGGUGGACAAAAUUGUUACCGAAAAGCAGGAACGUUGGGCAAAGAUUUUUGAUUCAGAAAAAGCUCGAGUGACCGAACAUGAUAUAGAAGAAUUGGGUGAAAGUAUAGUCCAGGUCGAAGGUAAAAUAAAACAAUGGCAACGGCUCGGUGAGAACAAUGCGAAAAAUGCACAGGAUCUGACAAAGUUGUUGUAUCUGACCAUGGAACUGAAAAAUAAACUGGCAACGGAUCUGAAAUCUAUUCAGAAUCUGCAGGACGAAAUGAAACAUUACGAGAUUAGUUUUAAUAGUAAUUUGUAAUUUUAUUGAUGCUUGGAAUAAAUUCAGUUUGUUAGAAUACAAA